AUGGAUUCGACAGCAUCGCGGCCGCGGCCACGGCCUGCCCAUACCCAGGGAACCACCCGGUGUGCGUAUACGACCGAUGGCAAUCGACUGGUGACUGUCGGCUCGAACAACACCAUUCGACUCUACAAAACCGGCUCUGACGGCGAGCCUACAAACAUAGACGACUGCCAGGAGCAAAACGUGUCCAUCUCAGCGGGGAAGGACUUCUUUGUCGUUGGUUCCGAAGAUGGCACCGUCAGUCUUUACAACAUCGAGGCUGCCAACUUUGAACGCUUUCUUCUGCGUACCACUCUUCCCAUCAGAGACGUUGCAUUGACUCGCGACUGUCAAUGGUGUGCUGUUGCUAGCGAUGAGCUUAGUGUUAAGAUUGUCAACAUAAUGGAUAUCACACAGAUGAAGCAUUUGCGAGAGCACAGCAAGCCUGCCAGGCAUGUCUCCCUGGAGCCCCAUGGAAGGCUAGCCGCGUUGUCUUGUACCGACGGUAUCAUAUACAUUUAUUCCCUGACAUCCGAGGAGCCUGAACUUAUCCGCAAAGUGGAUGGAAUAAUUGGAACCGUGGACUCUGAUUCUGAGAUAUCAACCAAAGUUGCUUGGCAUCCUGAUGGACGUGCAUUUGCCGUGCCAACCCCGACUAAAGAUAUCCAAGUUAUUUCCAAGAACGACUGGGAGAAGCAGAGACGCUUCGCUGAUGGUCACUUGGCCGACAUAACUGCCCUUUCCUGGUCUCCAAAUGGUGCCUUGUUAGCUUCGGCGGGCAAGGACGGCAAGGUCUUGGUCUGGGAAACCAAGACACAAAGUGUAAUUCAACGAUUUGACUACUCCAAUGUAGUCGACCUCGCAUGGCAUCCGUCCAAGAAUAUUCUGUCAUUUGCAACUACAGACGGCGAAGUUUUCAUCUACUCGGACUUCCUCCAUGACCAGUUUUCUCCAUUAUUGAAACUCAACACACAACCUGCUCCAUUCAUUCAUGAUCCUUUAUCCGAGAUAUCGGGAAAUCGGCAGCAACCUCCUGUCAAUGGUCAUAAAAUCCAGCCAAUUCCCAGUCGGCCUCGUAGGGAUUCGUUAGACAGCAUUGGCUCAUUGCUUGAUGAAGAUGGGGAAGAUGACGGUUUUGUGGUCGACGAUGACGGGGCUGGUUAUGCGGUUGGCAGAGGAAGUAAACGAGGACGAGAUCCGGACGAGACAUUUGGCGGUCCUUCAAGCAAGAGGGCUCAUCUCAUGCAACCACAACACCAUGAGUGCUUUCAACCCGGCUCGACUCCUUGGAUGGGGAACAGGAAAUACCUAUGCCUGAAUCUCAUAGGAUUUGUAUGGACCGUGGAUCAAGAUUCGCACCAUACAGUUACAGUGGAGUUUUAUGACCACGAAUUCCAGCGCGACUUCCAUUUUACAGACACAUUUCUCUACGACAAGGCUUGUCUGAAUGAAAGUGGCGCCUUGUUCUCAAGUCCACCCAAAGAUGAUGCCCCCGCCUACAUUUUCUACAGGCCACACGAGAGUUGGACUCAACGAUCAGAUUGGCGAACACAGUUACCCAGGGGUGAAGCCGUUACAGCAAUGUCUUUGAGCGAGUCGUUCAUUACGGUAACCACGUCCGCCAACUAUGUUCGAGUUUUCACUCUAUUUGGAAUGCCCUACCGAGUGUAUCGUCCCAAAAGCUCACCUAUGGUGACUUGUGCCAGUUGGAGAGACUAUGUGCUCACAAUUGGCAAUGGCCCUGUUGGAUCUGAUGGAACCGCCCGUCUACUCUACACGAUUGAAAAUAUCAAACGCGAUGAGAUUUGCCAAAAUGAGGACACAGUCGCUUUACCAGAAGGAGCAACACUCAAAAGUGUUUUCUUCUCAGAUAACGGCGACCCAUGCAUUUACGACUCCACGGGCACCUUACUUACACUGCUUCACUGGCGUCAACCAUCUCGUGCGUGCUGGGUGCCCUUACUGGACACCAAACUCCUGUCGCGUCUGGCGUCGGGCCGAAAAAACGAGACGUACUUUCCAGUUGCCGUCGCAGACCACAAGUUCCACUGCAUCAUCCUCAAGGGAGGCGACAAAUACCCCUACUUCCCUCGACCACUGCUAUCAGAGUUUGACUUCUCCAUACCUUUGGCAUCACCGUCCGAGAAAAAGAAGAAAAGCGAUGACACCGAGAAGGAGCAAGACGAAGUCAUGGACGAAGACAAGGAAGAGGAAGGCGAAGACUUUGAGACGAGAAAGCUCGAGCAGCAAUUUAUGCUGAAGGGCGUUCAAGCCGCUCAACUAAGAGACCUCGUCGAGGCCACCUCCGGAAACCACACGCAAAGAUCCCUCCUCUCCCGCAUCGAGCUGGAAAUCGACAAGACUCUUCUGCAAUUACUAGCGGUGGAAUGUCGCCAGGGCGAAGACCGCGGCAUGCGUGCCCUCGAAAUGGUGGAACUUAUGCGUGACAGAACAGGCCGUAUGAUGGAGGCGGCAGGCAAGGUGGCCGAGCGUUACGGCCGCACCGUUUUGGGCGAAAAGAUCCGCGAGGUUGGCGAGAAGAGGGUUGGCGUUAUGGACGAGGAGGGCUUCUAA